AUUACCGUAAUUAUUAUAAAUUUUCUUUAUUUAUUAUUUACAUUAUGGAAAUUUCAUUAUCAAAUCUCUUUAUGUCUGUUAAUUAAACCAUAAAAACUUAUUAAACUUGUUGCUGAGUGUGUUAAACCAAAUUUCAUAUGACGUAUUUGCCUUCCCCUGUUUAAUAAAAAAAACAACAAAACAAACAAAUUAAUUAUAAUUUAUUAAAACCACCAACUUACUGCUGCUUUACCAAGUUAUCACUACAAUAAUACUUUAGUCUUCGUAUUUACAACGAAUCAACAAUUUAUUUUUAUCUAAAAGAAUUACGAUACUUGACAAUAACUCAAGAAACUUCCUACUCCGCCCAGUCCAGUUUAUUUAUACUAUUUAGCGUUUCUUUAGUAGUAACACCAUCAAUAUGGGUCGUAAAGUAACUGUUGCCGUUUCGACCUUAAAUCAAUGGGCUUUAGAUUUUGAGGGAAAUUUGGCUCGUAUUCUUCAGUCGAUUUUAGAAGCCAAAGAUAUGGGUGCUUCGUAUCGUACGGGACCAGAAUUGGAAGUUUGUGGCUACAGUUGUGAAGAUCAUUUUCGAGAACCCGAUACAUUUUUACACUCUUGGGAGGUUUUACUAGAAAUCAUGAUGUCACCCAUAUGUGAAAAUAUUUUGGUCGAUGUCGGUAUGCCAAUAAUGCAUCGUAAUGUGGCCUACAAUUGUCGUGUAGCUUUCUUUAAUCGUAAAAUAUUACUAAUACGACCCAAGAUGUCGAUGUGUGACGAUGGUAAUUAUAGAGAAUCCAGAUGGUUUACAGCUUGGACUAAGAACUUCAAAACUGAGGAUCACUAUUUGCCGCGCAUGAUUUCACAACAUACUGGCCAGGAUACGGUGCCAUUUGGUGAUGCUGUUAUUGCCACCAAAGAUACAUGUAUUGGUUAUGAAAUCUGUGAGGAAUUGUGGAAUGUUAAAAGCAAACACAUAGAUAUGUCGUUGUCGGGCGUAGAGAUCAUUUCGAAUGGCUCUGGUAGUUAUAUGGAGUUGCGUAAAGCCUAUAUUACCACCGAAUUAGUACGUAGUGCCAGUUUUAAAGCUGGUGGUGCCUAUCUCUUUAGUAAUCUUAGAGGCUGUGAUGGUCAACGUGUCUAUUUUAAUGGCUGCUCUUCUAUAGCUCUCAAUGGCGAGAUUGUGGCGAGAAGUAAACAAUUUGCUUUGCAAGAUGUUGAAGUUACUCUUGCCACUAUUGAUUUAGAAGAUAUACGUUCCUAUCGCGUAACACGUCGUGCUAGAUGUACCGAAGCGGCUCAGGCUCCCAAUUAUCCACGUAUAAAUUGUGAUUUUGAAAUGUCCACACAUAGUGAUAUAUUUAAAACUGCCAACACACCCCUGCAAUGGAUCUAUCAUACACCAGAAGAGGAGAUAGCUAUGGGCCCUGCCUGUUGGCUAUGGGAUUAUUUACGUAGAUCGGGUCAGGGUGGUUUGUUUUUGCCCCUAUCGGGUGGUGUUGACUCUAGUAGUUCUGCUACCAUUGUACACUCCAUGUGUAGAAUGAUUGUUAGUGCUGUACAAGCGGGAGACUCACAGGUUCUUUAUGAUAUACGCAAGAUAUUGGCGGAUCAGGAGUAUACACCCGACAAUCCAGCUGCCUUAUGUAAUCGCUUAUUGGUCACCUGUUUUAUGGGUAGUGUCAAUUCCAGCAAAGAGACUCGACGUCGUGCCUCUAUAUUGGCCAAUCAAUUGGGUAGUUAUCACAUCGAAAUUAGCAUCGAUACUGCCGUUAAUGCCUUGUUAGGUAUUUUUAAUGCUGUUACUGGUUUAACGCCCCGUUUCCGUACCCAGGGUGGAUGUGCUAGACAAAAUUUAGCCUUACAAAAUAUUCAAUCACGUAUACGUAUGGUCUUGGCUUAUAUAUUUGCUCAGCUGAUGUUGUGGGUCCGUAAUCGUCCUGGUGGCUUGUUGGUUUUGGGUUCGGCCAACGUUGACGAGUCGUUGAGAGGGUAUUUGACGAAAUACGAUUGUUCUUCGGCCGAUAUUAAUCCUAUAGGUGGCAUUUCGAAAACGGAUUUGAGAAGAUUUCUGAUUUAUGCCAAAGACAAGUUUAGUCUCCCUAUACUUGAGUCAAUUAUUGAUGCUCCACCCACAGCUGAGCUGGAGCCUUUGCAAGAUGGUCAACUCAUGCAGACCGAUGAACAAGAUAUGGGCAUGACUUAUGCUGAACUUAGCGAAUAUGGACGUUUACGUAAACAAGCUUGCUGUGGACCGUAUAGUAUGUUCUGUAAAUUAGUAUCCACCUGGAAGGGGGAUCUCAGUCCCAAAGAGGUAGCCGAUAAAGUUAAACAUUUCUUUAGAUGCUAUGCCAUAAAUCGUCAUAAAAUGACCGUAUUAACACCCUCAGUUCAUGCUGAAAGUUAUAGUCCCGAUGAUAAUCGUUUCGAUCAUCGUCCCUUCUUGUAUCGUGCCAACUGGAGUUGGCAAUUUAAGGCUAUUGAUGAUGAAGUGGAAAAAUUACAACCAAUUUAUACACCCUCAUCAUCGCAAAUGCGUCCAAGUAGUGAUGAUUUGUUAUUAUCCCAGGAAUCAACUCAUAGAUCGAUGUUACAGCAAGGUGAUUCAAAGCAUUCUUCUCCCUUGUCCACUUCAUCGAUUGAUGUGCCUGGUGCUACUACUACACCACCUCUAGGCAAUAUACCCACCGGUAGUAUGGGUACUUUGGCCAAAAAGUCCAGUGGUUAUGCCAAAGUUCAUCAUAAUGUUUUGGGCAAAAUUAAAGAUCGUACUGGCAUACCGGUUUAAUAUAAGAUUUUGACAGUUUUUCUUUAAUAAAUAUAAAGAAAAUAAUUAUAAUUUUACCACAACAAAAUAUAUAUUAAUGUAGAAGACAUAACGACCAAUAAUUAACAAAAAAAGAGAAUGGAAUUUUUGAAAAGAAUUAAUAACAACGCUUUAAUAACAAAGUCCUAUUUUUUAAAAAUUAAGAAUAAAUUAAAAACACUAUAUAUGGUUAGUUUAUUAUAUAGAUUAAAAGUUAGAGUUAAUAUGUAAGCACAAUUUUGUUGCAAUUUUUUUCUUUAAUUUGUAUAUUUUAGACCUUGUUUAUAAGGAAUUUUUAAAUAUAUUAAAGGUUUAUAAAAUAAAAUUUAACAGCAAUUUUAUUUUAUAAAACUUUGGUUAAAUUUAAAUAUUAGUUAUGAAUAUAAAGUUAAUUUUUCAAUGUUUAUGAUUUGUAAUUAUUUGUUUUAAUUAACAUGUUUGUCCUAUUUUCUUUACUAAACCAAAUCUUUAAAUGACGCAUACUACUUACUAAUGUUUAAUUUGAUUUGAUCUUCUUAUUAUAUUCUGUUGAAAUUAUUAUUUUGAAUAAACUGUAAUUGAAAAAAACAAUUUUCGAUCCUCAUUUUACCCUAAUUUGAAAUUACUAAAGAUAUGAUUAUGUUCUCGACCAUAGACAAGUCACCUAUAGUCUCCGAUAUAGAUAUGCUUAUUGCCUUGACUAUAGACUUAACUACUAGGCAAGACUAUGUCUCUACUAUAGACCAGGCUAAAGUCUCGACAAUAAUCUUGAACAAUGAAAAAGACUUAACUCUCAACAUAACUCAACUCGACUAUGGACAAUACUUCAGUCUUCAUUCUAGAACAUACAAUAGUCUCGACAAUAGACAAAACUUCAUUAAUAUAUACGAAUAUAUAGAAAAGACUAUACGUAACUAUAGUCCCGAUUAUAGGCCAAACAAUUGUCUUAAAUAUAGGCCAGAAUAUAGGCUAUGACUUCGAUUAUAUACCACACAUAAGUUUCAACUAUAGAACAGACCUUAAUAUCGACUAUUGUCCAGGCUAUAGUCUCAACUAUGGAAUAGACAAUACAAAUUACAUGACAAUAUUAGCGGCUGCAGAACAGACUAUAGACCAGGCUAUUAUUUGAAGUAUAGACCAUAGUCGAGGCUAAAGAACAGACUAUGAUCUCUACUAAAGAUGACACUAAAGUCUCUACUAUAGAUGAGACAAUAGUCUCUACUCUAGAUUAAACUAUAGACUAGACUACAGUCUCGGCUGCAAAUUAGACUAUAGUCUCGCACAUAGACCAGACUAUAGUCUCGACUAUAGACCAGACUAUACUCUCGCCUAUAUAUCAGACUACAAUCUCGCCUAUAGAUCAGACUAUAGUCUUGUUUAUAGACCAGACUAUAGUCACGCCUAUAUACCAAACUAUACUUAUUUCUAUAGACCAGACUAUAGUAUCGCCUAUUCACCUGACUAUAGUCUCGCCUAUAGACCAGACUAUAGUCUCGCCUAUAGACCAGACUAUAGUCUCGCCUAUAGACCAGAUUUUAGUCUCGCCUAUUGAUCAGACUAUAGUAUGGCCUAUAGACCAGGCUAUAGUCUCGCCUUUAGACCACACUAUAGUCUCGCCUAUAGACCACACUAUAGUCUCGCCUAUAGACCAGAC